AUCCUCCAUGUUUAUUCCUCGGUGAAAGAAAAAGGACACCUCUUGCGGGAUCCGCCGCCUUCACCGCCUCGGGCUUUUAGGCUCGACCCUGACGCAACAGGAAGGGGAUUAAGAUCAAGGAGCGAGGGCGGCCGGCGGCGGCAGGUCUGGACAAGCCGCGGGACGGCCAAGGACGCGGCCAGGUCCACCAGAGGGCGCCCGCCUCCAGACGACCCUCCCGCGCGCGCUCCCCGCGUCCCGCCGCUGCGGAGACAGGCGAGCUGCCCCGCGCUGCCUCGGCUCCAGCCGCAGCCCCGGGCGAAGCCCCCAGUGGCUCGGGCGGGAAGCAAAGGGUCCGGGGCCCGUCCUUCGGGUCCAGUCUCUGGCGUGCGGUUCUUGGUACCUCUCCCGACCUCCUUCAGACCUUAAGUCUUCCAACCAUGCAGUUUGUCCUUGAGGUCAGGGGCGGGAGAUCAAUUCUGGACAGGUCAGCAGUUCAGCUUGCCCAGGACAGUAGAAAGGUGGCUCGGGUGCCCCUGUCCAGACAGUUGUCAUCUCGCCUGCCAGCCUUUGCUCGGGUCGGCCCUGCGCCGCCCCCAGCUCCUCACGGGUUAACCCCCCUCGCCGCCCGCUCGCUUCCCGGUGCCAAAGUGGGUGUUGCUGGAAUUCCUCUCUCUCCCUCUCCCGUAAUAAGGGGGCUGAACUGUCCCUCCGAGGAGGGGGCAUGGUGUGGAUAAAAGAGACGAAAAAUCAGGGGGAGGUUUCCAAAAAUAAAACCCUCCAGUUCUCCUUCCGAAGGCUACAACGAUCCGGAGAACGCGCGAAGGUGCAACAGCGGUGCGCGCCCAGCUGGAGACGCAGCGCGGCCUCUGGGCUCGGUGCGCGCAGCCCCCGGCCUCUCCUGCCGCCUGGCUCCGGCUCCAGGGAGAGCCUGGCCCGCACUUUGACUUGGGGCCCCCUAGACGGGGAGAGGCGGGCCACCGGCAGGGGACCGGAGCGCAGCCAGCGGGCGACGAGCGCACCGACUGUGAGCCCCAGGGGCCGUUCCCCAAGCGCGCGUAGCUCUCUAGGCGCCCCGGCGCCAUGAGGCCCCCAACCACCGCCCGCUGCCCCGGGCGCGCCCUGAGGAACCCCUGGAGGAGCUUCUGGCCUCUCACCCUGGCUCUCUUCGUGGGCAUGGGUCAGGCUCAGAGGGACCCGGUGGGAAGAUACGAGCCGGCUGGAAGAGACGCGAGUCGGCUGCGGCGCCCCGGGGGCAGCCCCGUAGCGGCUACAGCCAAGGUGUACAGUCUGUUCCGGGAGCAAGACGCGCCCGUCCGGGGUUCGCCGCCCGCGGAGCUGGUCCAGCCUAGCUGGGGGAGCCCCAGGAGGUCCACCGAGGCGGAGGCCAGGAGGCCGCCCCGCGCGCAGCAGCCGCGGCGAGUCCAGCCACCUGCGCAGACUUGGAGAAGCCGACCCUCAGGCCAGCAGCAGUCCGCACCCCGGGCCCGGGCCGCGCCGGCUCUCCCGCGUCUCGGGACGGUGCAGCGGCCGCGGGCUGCGCGAGGGCGCCUUACGGGGAGGAAUGUCUGCGGGGGACAGUGCUGCCCGGGAUGGACAACGGCAAACAGCACCAACCACUGUAUCAAACCCGUGUGCCAGCCGCCCUGCCAGAACCGGGGCUCCUGCAGUCGGCCCCAGCUCUGCGUGUGCCGCUCAGGCUUCCGCGGAGCCCGCUGCGAAGAGGUCAUUCCCGAGGAGGAAUUCGACCCCCAGAACUCCAGGCCAGCACCCCGACGCUCGGCCGAGGGACCCCCCAACCUGCGCAGGAGCAGUGUGGCCAGAGAAAGCACCACGGCCAGAGCUCGGCCCCCAGCGCCACAGCCGCAGCGGGCCAGGACCCUGAGUGGGCUCAGCCAGACCCACUCCUCCCAGCAGCAUGCGGGGCUGUCCCAGACCGCCCGACUUUAUCCAGCCCCUGCAGCCAGCGGCCAGCUGACCUCCAAUGCCCUGCCCAUGGGGCCAGGUCCUGAGCGGAGGGAUGGUGCCCCACAGGCAGCAUAUCUGGACCACCCGUCAUCCUCCUGGGGGCUGAAUCUCACGGAGAAAAUCAAGAAGAUCAAGAUCGUCUUCACGCCCACCAUCUGCAAGCAGACCUGUGCCCGCGGGCGCUGUGCCAACAGCUGUGAACGUGGGGACACCACCACCCUGUACAGCCAGAGCGGCCACGGGCAUGACCCCAAAUCUGGAUUCCGCAUCUAUUUUUGCCAGAUCCCCUGCCUGAAUGGGGGCCGCUGCAUCGGCAGGGACGAGUGCUGGUGCCCCGCCAACUCCACCGGGAAGUUCUGCCACCUGCCCGCCCCCAGGCUGGACCAGGAGCCUCCAGAGAGGGGCCCCCGCCACAGGGCCCCGCUGGAGGGCCCCUUGAAGCAGUCCACCUUCACGCUGCCUCUCUCCAACCAGCUGGCCUCGGUGAACCCCUCCUUGGUGAAGGUGCACAUCCGCCACCCGCCCGAGGCCUCGGUGCAGAUCCACCAGGUGGCUCGGGUGCGGGGCGAGGCGGAGGAGGCCCCGGAGGAGAACAGCGUGGAGACCAGGCCCUCGCCCCGGCUCCCUGCCGGCCCCGGCCACGGCCACUGGGACAGCAACCGCAUCCCCGCCCGGUCCGGAGAACCUCCCCGGCUACCUCCCCCCGUGGUGCACAGGACUCCGGCCCUACUGGGCCGAUGCUACCUGAGCACUUUAAACGGACAGUGUGCUAACCCCCUGCCGGAGCUGACGGCCCAAGAGGACUGCUGUGGCAGCGUGGGAGCCUUCUGGGGGGUGACCUCCUGUGCCCCAUGUCCACCCAGACCAGCCUCCCCGGUGAUUGAAAAUGGCCAGUUGGAGUGUCCCCAGGGGUACAAGAGACUGAACCUCACUCACUGCGAAGAUGUCAACGAGUGCCUGACGCUGGGCCUGUGCGAGGACUCGGAGUGCGUGAACACGAGGGGCAGCUACCUCUGUACCUGCAGACCCGGCCUCCUGCUGGAUCCGUCCAGGAGCCGCUGUGUGUCGGACAAGGCCGUCUCCAUGCAGCAGGGGCUGUGCUACCGGCUGCUGGGGCCCGGCACCUGCGCCCUGCCUUUGGCCCAGCGGAUCACCAAGCAGAUAUGCUGCUGCAGCCGAGUGGGCAAAGCCUGGGGCAGCCUGUGUGAGAAAUGCCCCCUGCCUGGCACAGAGGCCUUCAGGGAGAUCUGCCCUGCGGGCCACGGCUACACCUACUCGAGCUCGGACAUCCGCCUGUCCAUGAGGAAAGCUGAGGAGGAGGAACUGGCCCGGCCCUCGAGGGAGCACGGCCCGAAGCGCAAUGGGACCCUGCCCAGGCCAGCAGAGAGGCAGCCACUGCGGGCGGCCACCAGCACCUGGGUGGAGGCGGAGACCGUCCCCGACAAGGGUGACUCUCAGGCCGGCCAGGUGACAACCAGCGUUACCCAGCUAUCCACCUCGGUCCCAGGAGCUGCCCUGGGAGGACCAACGCCGUCAAUGCCUGAACAGGUGAUCCCAGAGGCCACGGAAGAAGCACAAGUGACUGCCCCCACCGACGUGCUGGUGACCCCGGCGCCCUCAGGCAUUGACAGUUGUGCUGCUGGGGCCACCAACAUCUGCGGCCCGGGCACCUGCGUGAACCUCCCAGAUGGAUACAGAUGCAUCUGCAGCCCUGGCUACCGGCUACACCCCAGCCAGGCCUACUGCACAGAUGACAAUGAGUGUCUGAGGGACCCCUGCAAGGGAAGGGGACGCUGUGUCAACCGCGUGGGCUCCUACUCCUGCUUCUGCUACCCUGGCUACAAGCUGGCCGCCUCGGGGGCCACGCAGGAAUGCCAAGACAUAGAUGAGUGUGAGCAGCCAGGAGUGUGCAGCCGGGGUCGGUGCACCAACACAGAGGGUUCCUACCACUGUGAGUGUGACCAGGGCUACAUCAUGGUCAGGAAAGGACAUUGCCAAGAUAUCAACGAAUGCCGUCACCCUGGCACCUGCCCUGAUGGGAGAUGCGUCAACUCCCCCGGCUCCUACACUUGCCUGCCCUGCGAGGAGGGCUACAGGGGCCAGGGCGGGAGCUGUGUAGAUGUGAAUGAGUGUCUGACCCCUGGGGUCUGCGCCCACGGAACAUGCAUCAACCUGGAGGGCUCGUUUAGAUGCUCCUGUGAGCAGGGCUACGAAGUCACCCCAGAUGAGAAGGGCUGCCAAGAUGUCGACGAGUGUGCCAUCCGGGCCUCGUGCCCCACGGGCCUCUGUCUCAACACGGAGGGCUCCUUUACCUGCUCGGCCUGCGAGAGUGGGUACUGGGUGAAUGAGGAUGGCACCGCCUGCGAAGACCUAGACGAGUGCGCCUUUCCGGGAGUCUGCCCGUCCGGAGUCUGCACCAACACUGCCGGCUCCUUCUCCUGCAGGGACUGCGAGGCGGGCUACCAGCCCAGCGCCCUGGGCCACAGCUGUGAAGAUGUGGACGAGUGUGAAGACCCCCAGAGCAGCUGCCUGGGAGGCGAGUGCAAGAACACGGCUGGCUCCUACCAGUGCCUCUGUCCCCCGGGCUUCCAGCUGGCCAACCGCACGGUGUGUGAGGAUGUGGACGAGUGUGCGGGCGACGACUACUGCGCACCGCGCGGCGAGUGCCUCAACAGCCACGGGUCCUUCUUCUGUCUCUGUGCGGACGGCUUCGUCAGCGCAGACGGGGGCACCAGCUGCCAAGAUGUGGACGAGUGUGCAGUCACGGACCGGUGUCUCGGGGGCCAGUGUGUUAACACCGACGGCUCCUUCAACUGUGUGUGUGAGACUGGCUUCCAGCCCUCCCCGGAGAGCGGGGAGUGUGUGGACAUUGACGAGUGCGAGGACCUCGGGGAACCGGUGUGCGGGGCCUGGAGGUGUGAGAACAGCCCUGGCUCCUUCCGCUGUGUCCUGGGCUGCCAGCCUGGCUUCCACGUGGCCCCGACGGGAGACUGCAUUGACAUAGACGAGUGUGCCAACGACACGGUGUGUGGGAGCCACGGAUUCUGCGACAACACGGACGGCUCCUUCCGCUGCCUCUGUGACCAGGGCUUCGAGACCUCGCCCUCCGGCUGGGACUGCGUUGACGUGAACGAGUGUGAGCUCAUGCUGGCGGUGUGCGGGGCGGCGCUCUGCGAGAACGUGGAGGGCUCCUUCCUGUGCCUCUGCGCCAGCGACCUGGAGGAGUACGACGCUCAGGAGGGGCGCUGCCGCCCGCGGGGGGCUGGAGGUCCGAGUGUCCCUGAGGCCCGGCCAGGGGCACACCCACCAGGCCCCGUCCGCAUGGAAUGCUACUCUGGACAGAAGGACCAGACGCCCUGCUCCAGCCUUCUGGGCCGGAACACCACGCAGGCCGAGUGCUGCUGCACCCAGGGCACCGGCUGGGGGGAUGCCUGUGACCUGUGCCCAGAUGAGGACUCAGUUGAAUUCAGCGAGAUCUGCCCUAGUGGGAAAGGCUACAUCCCCGUGGAAGGAGCCUGGAUGUUUGGACAGACCACGUACACAGAUGCUGACGAGUGUGUGAUGUUUGGGCCCGGGCUCUGCCGGAAUGGCCGGUGUCUCAACACGGUGCCCGGCUACAUCUGCCUAUGUAACCCUGGCUACCACUACAAUGCCGCCCGCAGGAAGUGUGAGGAUCACGACGAGUGCCAGGACAUGGCCUGUGAGAAUGGCGAGUGUGUGAACACGGAAGGCUCCUUCCACUGCUUCUGCAGCCCACCCCUCACCCUGGACCUCAGUCAGCAGCGCUGCGUGAACAGCACCAGCGGUGUGGAGGACCUGCCUGACCACGACAUCCACAUGGACAUCUGCUGGAAGAGAGUCACCAAUUACGUGUGCAGCCACCCCCUGCACGGCCGCCGCACCACCUACACGGAGUGCUGCUGCCAGGACGGCGAGGCCUGGAGCCAGCAGUGCGCCCUGUGCCCGCCCAGGAGCUCAGAGGUCUAUGCUCAGCUCUGCAACGUGGCCCGGAUCGAAGCCGAACGGGAGGCCGGGAUCCACUUCCGGCCCGGCUAUGAGUACGGCCCCGGGCCCGAUGACCUGCACUAUAGCCUCUACGGCCCAGACGGGGUCCCCUUCUACAACUACCUGGGCCCCGAGGACGCCAUCCCCGAACCACUCUUCCCCAGCACGGCCGGCCGCCCGGGGGACCGCAUACCACUCCCUGAACCUCCCCUGCAGCCCUCAGAACUCCAGCCCCACUACGUGGCCAGCCACCCAGGUCUGUGUUGCUGCAAAAACGGGGAAGAGGUGGGCUCUGAAGCUGUUUCACUUCCAUCUUCUCCAUCUGCUCAUCACUGUCAGCAGGAGCACCAGGCCGGCUUCGAAGGGCUCCAGGCUGAGGAGUGCGGCAUCCUGAACGGCUGUGAGAACGGCCGCUGUGUGCGCGUGCGCGAGGGCUACACCUGUGACUGCUUCGAGGGCUUCCAGCUGGACACGGCCCACAUGGCCUGUGUGGAUGUGAAUGAGUGUGAUGACCUGAACGGGCCUGCUGCGCUCUGUGUCCAUGGUCACUGCGAGAACACGGAGGGCUCCUACCGCUGCCACUGCCUCCCGGGUUAUGUGGCUGAGGCAGGCCCCCCACACUGCACCGCCAAGGAGUAGCAGAGACGGGUCGAGUGUGGGCAGUUACCUGGAAAUGGGCCCUGGUCGCAGGCGGGGCCUUGAGGAAGUUUUCCUAGCUGGGGAGACGCCAUGAAGACACCGGCCGGAGGCCCUGCGGUCCAGCUCCAAGCCAGCCUCGCCUGCUUUUCAUCUCCCUCAGCUUCGGCUCUUGCUACGUGAACUUCUGUCACGGCCUCCACACCGCCAUGCCCUUGCUUGGCUCAAACACCACCAAGUGCUUUAAUGCUUCAACCACUGGCCACGAGGCCCAGUCUACCAUCUGUCCUGGCCUUGCCAUGGGAUGCUGAUCAAAGGACGGCCCUCAACCCAGCCCCUCAGGCUGUGCAAACGUGCAAGGUCCUUCGGCCUCACACUGCACAUACCCCUUCUCCAGACACGAUCCACGUAUCAUCCUGAUGCUUCUACAGCUGGAUCGGAGGCCGCAUCUGCCCUGUGAUGGCCCUUCAGAAUCUGUCCAGUGAAAAAGGAUGGGGCGGGGCGCGGGGGAGGAGUUUGGGGAGUGAUCGGCACCACUCAGCCUGUCUGGUAUGGGCCAGAUUUAGCCACGUCUCCACCCUGUUGCCAGUUCAGUGGCCCUGGAGAGGGGCAGAAGAUGCCCUCAUCUCAGAGAAGCAAGACUGAUACUAGCUUGCUAGUAAGAGAUGCACAUGAAGGGGAGUAAGGAGCCUGAGAGAGCAGCAAUAGGACAAUAUUAAAAAAAAAAAAAAAUACGGGGAGUUGAUGAGAAAGGGGGCACCACGCUUUACACAGAUCUAAAGAAAAUAAUCAGUAGCUUCAGGUAAAUAACCAGUCUACCCAGCGAUAGCUCCUCUGCACCACAGCAAGGGCUGCCCCGAGACCUCUAUUAAAUACAUACUGCUUCUUACAGGACACAAGUCUCUCCUGGGCUCUCCUUUUGUGGACACCAGUUGGAUGUGCUAAAAAUAAAGAGGUCUAUUUUCUAGCUUCUGAAAUACAGUGUAAUCCUGUUGAGGAGAAGCCAGGUUCCCUGUGUUGUUUCCUCUCUACUCAGAGGCGUCUGCCCUCUUUCCCCUUCAUACGAUGGCUGGCUGGCAUCCCACUGAGUUCACAAGUAGAGACUCACUCCAGCCUGGGCUAGCUGGGAGUUUAGAACCACGGUGGAAUAAAGAAAUGUGCAUUUCUGGGCUA